AUGGACCCAGAAGCACGCAAAAAUAUGUGGGGUGUUAUAAAUAAUAUAAAAAAACAAAACGUCAGCAUUAUAUUAACCACCCACUCUAUGGACGAAGCAGAAGCUCUCUGCAAUAACAUCGGAAUAAUGGUAAACGGCCGUCUAAGAUGCUAUGGGACAGCUACCCACAUAAAAAAUAAAUUCAGCAGUGGCUAUGAAUUUUUCUUAAAAGUCAGGUACCCACGAGAAGAAGAAAUUAAUGAAUUUAUCAAUAAAUUAAGGACAAGGUAUUUAGAAGACGUUAUUGGUCAAGAAGAAGUCAUAAAUGCUAUGGAAAUUCUGGAUUGUGGAGACAUGUACCCAGAAAUUUCUAAGGAAGGGACAGGAUCACAUUUGAAAGACGAAAUGAAUGAGUCAGGGAAAUUAGGAAUAAAUAAUCUGGUAGAGUGGAUUAUUGUAGAAAGAUAUGGACAAGCUAUAUAUAGGUGGCUUGUAGAUGAAUUUGUGGAUAUUACGCUGAUAGAGCAUUAUGGGACUUAUUUUAAGUACAGACUGGAAAAGCAAAGUAAAGGAAUUGGAGAUAUUUUUGGGAGAAUUGAAGAUGCCAAAGAAGAUUUGUAUGUGAGUGAGUACUCGUUGAGCCAAACUACAUUAGAACAAAUAUUCAAUAUGUUUGCUACAGAAGGAGAGAUGGAUAUGACGAUGUCUAAUCAAAGAUUAAGCAGAAAAAUACACCCUAAGGAAUAA